CUAGAGAGCGAGCCGACGACAGUCGAUGGAAGGGGCGAACCCGUUAUAAGCCCCGAGUCCGCGUCUAUCCGGCAGGUUGGCAGCUUAACGCCGAUCCUGAACCUUCUCUACUCUCUGCCAGCACAGGCAAAGACGCGAAUCCACACGAAGUCGCGAGGACGAGUGUAAUCGUUUCGUUCAUUCCCUCGCGACAGCGCGCAAACGAUCGAUCGUAUCGAACGCUUCGUAAUAAGAUUUGCGGCAUCAUGCGGCGAGAACGAGCAUUACCUCCGCUUUUUGCAACGGUACUCGUGUUUCUGGGAAUCACGAGUGUAUCGGCCGAAUCUAUGUCUAACGUUCAGCCGGCUUCUAGAUCCUUAAUCUUUGAUCGUCAGGACAACGAGUUGUAUCGAGAAGAGGACGACGCGAUCGUCGUUGAAGCCGCUAUAGAAGCAGAUCCUACGUCAUUAUCGCGAGACGGUCGAAGCAUCCUCUGGAGCGGAUCCGCGGAACGUGGUACCUGUCUUACGUCUAAGGGCGAGAUUGGACGAUGCACUACUUUCAAAGAAUGUUAUCCUUACUUCAAGAUACCCGAUCUUGGUGCUCUCGACGGUUGGGUUCUUGGUGUUUACGAUACUUGCAGCUUCAUUCUCGAGGACGGCCGCACGAGCUUCGGAAUCUGUUGCUCCAACUUGAAUCCCAUCGCGACACCCGGCCUGGAAAAUUGUGACGGUCAGAACGUGAACGAUCAACAGAUAGAAGAUGCUAAAACGAAGGAAGACGGAGAGGGAACGGAAGCGGGAACGAACCCAAAACCAAAACCAACGGCCGCCAGUUGGCCACCGCCGAUACCAACUCAUCCACCGGAUCACACGAUCCCACCUUUACCCACCCAUCCGCCGUAUCCAGGAUUGAUUUCGUCGCCCACCUCGAAACCAUCUACAACGAGUUCAAAGAAACCUGGCAUACCAACGACAUGGCCGACGAAGAAACCAACUUGGUGGCCAGGUGCACCGACCAUCUCGACAACGAAUAAACCUAGUUCGACGACUUCCUCGCCCAUAGACUUGUCUCAAUGCGGAGCGAAAAACGGUAAUCAAGAUCAAGAACGCAUCGUCGGUGGUCAGAACGCCGAUCCUGGGGAAUGGCCAUGGAUCUCUGCCCUCUUCAAUGCCGGACGUCAAUUCUGUGGGGGAUCUUUGAUAGAUGACAAACACGUUCUUACCGCUGCCCAUUGUGUCGUUAACAUGAACUCUUGGGACGUAGCGAGAUUAACGGUCCGCCUUGGGGAUUACAAUAUAAAGACGAACAGUGAGAUACGUCACGUUGAAAGACGGGUAAAGCGAGUAGUAAGGCACAGAGGUUUUAAUUCGCGUACUCUUUACAAUGACGUAGCCAUUCUUACGUUGAGCGAGCCGGUUGAAUUUACGGAACAGAUUCGACCCAUUUGUUUGCCGAGUGGUUCGAAGCUCUAUGUCGGAAUGACUGCAACUGUCAUUGGUUGGGGCUCCUUGAGGGAAAGUGGUCCACAGCCAGCGAUACUUCAAGAAGUUUCGAUUCCAGUCUGGUCAAAUAGCGAAUGUAAAUUUAAAUACGGUUCUGCGGCACCCGGUGGUAUAGUCGACAGUUUCUUGUGCGCUGGACGGGCCGCUAUGGACUCCUGCUCGGGUGACAGCGGUGGUCCGUUAAUGGUCAAUGACGGUCGUUGGACUCAGGUUGGUAUCGUCAGUUGGGGAAUCGGUUGUGGAAAGGGACAAUAUCCUGGCGUUUAUACAAGAGUAACGCAUUUCUUACCUUGGAUCUACAAGAAUCUUAAAUAAGUAAAUAAGUGAUUUUCGAAAUCUCUUUUCAUUUCAAUAGCGUAAGAAUGCGUGAAGUAUCAAUUUAAAAAGCUAAGCUCAUUCUCCCAACUCCCCUUUAAACUCUAAAAAAAAAAGAGAAAAAAAAA